AUGGUGGCGUACACGGGUCAAAGACCGUACGGGCCAGCUUCUGCAUUUAGAGUGUACUUGAAUCAAGUAGGUUGGACGAUUGCCGAAAAUGGUGACAUCACAGGUCCUGACCACUUUAGAUGCAAUAUCCUGAGAGAUCAAUGCAAAAAAAUCAUCAACACUUUCAGGCAGAUGUGGUGUUUUUCUUUGCUGAACCUCACCGACAGAAAAGGGAUUGGUGAUUUUCUGCCUGAUCCAGCCAUCUCCAUCAGAAUUUUCUCUAAACUGCAGGAUGAGGAACAACAACUCAUCAAGCUCAAUAUUGCCGGCGGUUACCAGACGGAUUCCAUGAAAGCCAAAUGGGAUGACAAGGUCAGUGGCGAUUGUGAAUUUUGUGGUCUUCCUGACACUCGAGAACAUAGACUCCUUGAAUGUGAUGCUCUGUCCGAGACUCGUCAAGAGUGGAGUGCCACUUGUCAAUUAAUCAGCCAAGAUAGACCUGAGUGGAUUUACUUGCCUAUCCCUCGACAACAUCCUGAGACCGUAAUCUUUAGAGCAUGGACACAACUCAUCCGUGACCCAGCCACUCCAUCGAUUGUUGUGAUGGAUGACCACCAUUACAGGUUCUUUACGGAUGGAGGAGCAUUAAAUCCAGAGAUUGCAUGCGCCAGAGUGGCUUCAUGGGCAAUAAUCCAAGAUGUUGCCAACACCCAGGAACUUCGAAGAACAGCCUUGGACUUCGUGUUUGGCCCCGAACCUCACUUCCCGACUUUCGUUACCACAGCCGUGGGUUUAGUACCAGGUGAUCAGAAUGUCGCCAGAGCUGAGCUUUUUGCGGUUCUCAUUGCCUUGCGAGCUUUAUGUCAGACAGACCCAGACGCAACUGCUGAUUUUGUCACUGAUGCCAAAUAUGUUUGCUUGGUCAUUAGGGCUGUCGUGAAUCGAACGUGGCAACGAAUCUCUCACAAGAUCCCUAAUGUGGAUCUUAUUCAGGAGAUUGAUGGUUUAUGGAACCCUGACAAACACCGAAUGAUAAAGGUUAAAAGUCACGUUCCUUUUGAGCAGGCAACCAACCAUGAUGAACUCUGGAAAUUUGUUGGCAACCAUUGCGCAGAUCUUGCUGCCACAUCCGUGCUUAGCUCUAUCCCUGCUGACAUCAAAGCCCUCAUUGACUCAAUUGCCAACCACGUUCGUGUGGAAGAAAAAUCUUUUAAAGAUUUUCUUGGAUACCUUGUGCAGUUUAACAGAUGCAGACUUCAAAAACUGAAUGAACUGAAGAAUGGUAAAGGUGCGUUCCUGACUCAGUUUCAACAUGCGAGAGCCGCUCCUUUACCGUCGCGCGGACUUUUUGAUUCCAGUUUGAUGGGAGUAGAUGCAUGCAAUUUCUUGAAGAAUUUUACUCCCGACGGUUAUGAAAGCAUUCCCAACGUUGGUGUUGAUGACGAAGUCUUCCACAUGUGUUUACAAGGCGCCAACUUAGGGAAAGCCCUUAAGACUUGGCUCGAUUCACUGAAAUGGCCCGCAAAUGUUGCAGAGAAGGACGCCACAGAUUGGGGCAUGUCCUGGUUUGAGAUGGCUACAUCCUUUUAUUUGGCUACUGGCUUUCAGUUUCCAGUCAGAAUUUCAGGCUCUGGCGCGAAAUCAAAAUACGUUCCUUAUGGUAGUGACGAUGCCCUGUUGCUACAGAGCAAUCACCGUACAGCUGCCUUGCAAGGUUUGUGCUUGCGUCACAUGGUACAGCGCGCUGGUGACCUAAGCCACGCUUGUCAUGGAGGGAUUUGGACACCGAGAGCUGUCGGGCAUGGCGUGGGCGUUGGCGGUGCUGAAGCACCAGGAGGUGCCAUGGUCAAAUCGCGGUUCUCGCUGGUCACCUGGAUGCAUCAAAUGGCCACAGCCGCAGUGCGGCAGAUGCCGCAGUUCGGGCCGCAGAGUCUGUGGAACUUGGCGUGGGCGGUUGCCGUGCUGGACUGCAAUGUAAGUGCUGCGCUGCCGGAGGCCCUAGCGACUACGGCCAGGGCCAAGAAGCGACAGCUCACGGCACGAGGCCUUGCGACCUGGGCCAAGCGCGACGUGCCCUUUUGCGAGGCCAUGGCUUCGGUGGCCUUGGAGAAGUUGCCACAGUUCCAGGAACAGGACGGAAGGACAUGGCGAACAGCACUUGAGCCCUUGCCACGCUGUGGCACCGUCCUGUUCCACUGCUGCGCGCGGUGCGCGGCCGUGCUGUGGAACAGGAGUUGUCAAACCUGGUCUGAUGUUUUGCCACCUUGGCCUUCUCACUCGGGACUGCGGGACGAACUGCAAGUGGUGGGUAAGGUCGCGGGUUUUGACGUCAUGGAUUGGGAGAUUGGGUCAAACAGAAUCGAAAGGUGCCCAAGCUUUACGCCACGGCACUUGGCCAAUGCGGCGUGGGCCCUCGCAGAGCUGCGGGUCUUGGAGGAGGAGGAGUUUCAGGAUGACAAAGCCUUGACCGCGCUGGUGGCCUUAAAGGUGCUGAAGUUGAAGGAUCUACCGGAGGUGGCUCCAGAAGUACUGUCCUCCCUGCUGAGCCUUGAAAAAGCUCCUUUUUUCUCCAACCGACAAAGCUCGGUUGCACUGGCUCGACCUGGCUCAAUGGCACCCUGGCUGGAUGACAUCAUUGGAGACUGGCAGGACGACAAAGGGAAUCAGUACCAGGUCCGCAAAGACGCGGAUGGCACCAGUUGUAGCGUUCGCACCACUCGGAAGAAUGGCCAUGUCGUCUUGACGCGCGCCAUGCUGAAAUUCGACGUAAAGUCCGACCUCUUGAUGUGGGGCAGAAGUUACUACCUUCAGACUGAAGCUUAUGACCACAGCAAAGUCUACUGGAAGCCAUUGAAGAACGUGCCACCCUACACCUGGUACAGGCUAUACAGUGAGGAGGCAAUUGUGGAAGCAGUCCCUGAUUGGCAUGGCUGGGUGGAUGGGGACCGCAGCGUCCCGACCCUCGAGCAGGUCGUUGGGAGCUGGCGAGAUGAUGAUGGCGCCAUCUACAAGAUCACCAUGGAUGAGAGCGGUUGGUCCUGCAGCGCGAGCAUCGAACGCCAGGACGGGCGACGCUAUGAGGCGCGAGAGACCAUCAAGUGCUAUGCAGAUGGAGGCCUCUGCUGGGCUGACGCCUACUUCUUGGAGCCCGUCGAAGGUGACGGGAGCAGCAUUUGCUGGACGUCCAUCAAGUCUGGGCGUGGCUUUUGGUGGGAGAGUGUUCCAGAUCAAGGGGCCUUCGUAGUGACCAGAAGUACUUUGCAAGCCUUGCUUGCCCAGAUGGUUGGACAAUGGAAAGACGAGGAGUGCAGCGUGUACAACGUCACCAUGGACGACUCGGGGGACUCAUGUACCGUGGAGAUUCAACGCCCCGACGGCCGAACGCGUGUCUCAAAAGGGCUGCUGAAGUAUAGCACCAAAAUGGAGUCUGUGAUGUGGGGCAGAUCGUACUACUUGGACGUGCAGGGCGCUGGUGAUGUGGUCUGGGUUCACACAGGCCAGGGCAAGUCCUUUCGUUGGUUAUUGGUGCACAAGAGCUGGGCACAGGCGAAUCUGGAGAAACUUGUGGGGACCUGGCAGGACCAGGACGAGAAUCUCUACACCGUGACCCUGGACAGCCCGGCGAUUUCCUGCAGCGUCCAGCUGGAUCGACUCGAUGGGAUGUCGCGACACCUGCAGUCCAUGCUGAAGGCCGACAGCGACGCCAAGUGCAUCUGGUGGGGCGCAGGCUACUCCGUGGAGCUGGCUCCGGGCUGGCCCGAGGUGCUUCACUGGACGCCCAGCAAGGCGUCGAAAGACAAACAGAUUUGGCAACGCUGCAGCAACUGCUGAGGCCCAGCUGAGGAGCAUCCCAAGCAUUGAGUCCUGUAAGGGGCUCCUGUUCACAUUUUUUGGGACACUAACUCGACUGGUG